AUGUCUUCUCCCGGUAAUGUGUUACCUCAAGGUGCAGGUUAUGGGAUAGGCCUGUUUUUUAGUGCUUUCAUGUUACUUCUGACAACGAUACAAGCACGAUAUACGGCGUUUUCGCCGAAGAGUUCGGAGGAGUUUAGUAGCGCUUCUAGGAGUGUCAAACCUGGAUUGAUUGCUUCGGGCAUAGUUUCUGCGUGGACUUGGGCAGCAACUUUGCUUCAAAGCAGUGCCGUUGCGUAUAAAUAUGGAAUUAGUGGUCCUUGGUGGUACGGAGCAGGCGCUACUAUACAAGUACUUUUGUUCGCAAUGCUUGCGGCAAAGCUCAAGUUGAACGCUCCAUAUGCACACACAUGGCUCGAGAUCGUCGGUACCAGAUGGGGAAAGACAGCUCAUUUGAUCUUCAUGUUCUUCGGUCUUGCUACCAACAUCAUAGUCAGCUCGAUGCUAAUUCUUGGAGGAAGUGCUACUGUUACUGACCUUACUGGGAUGGAUACCCUCGCCGCAUGUUUCCUCAUUCCUCUUGGAGUAGUGAUCUAUGUGAUUGUCGGUGGAAUGCGGUCUACGUUGUUAUGCGACUAUACUCAUACGACUGUUCUCUUCGCAAUCAUCCUCACCUUCGUCUUCACGGUUUAUACCACAAGUCCCAAAAUUGGUAGCACAAGGCGUAUGCAUGAACUACUCACUGCAGCAGCCGGUGCUACCCCCGUCCCCGGAAAUGCGCACGGGUCCUAUCUCACCAUGAGAUCUAAGGACGGGCUCAUAUUCGGUGUCAUUAACAUCAUCGGAAACUUUGCCACCGUUUUUCAAGACCAGGCCUACUGGCAAAGAGCGAUUGCAAGCCGGCCUGAAACCACAGUCAAAGCGUAUCUUGUAGGGGGAUUAGCUUGGUUUGCCAUCCCGUUCACAUUCGCCACCACCCUCGGAUUGUCAGCGGUCGCAUUGCGAGGAGACCCGGAUAUGAGACCGCUCUCCGCGGCAGAUGUGUCUGCGGGGCUUCCCGCCGCUGCAGCUGCAGCCGCGCUCAUGGGUCAAGCCGGGGCCGCGGCUCUCCUGGUGCUCUUGUUCCUUGCUGUGACGAGUGCCACUUCAGCAGAAUUAAUUGCUGUCAGCAGCUUGUUAACAUAUGAUGUGUUCAAGAAAUAUAUCAAGCCUAAUGCCACGGAUAGUCAACUUUUGCAAGUGGGACAUUACAUGGUUGGCCUUUAUGGUCUUGUCAUGGCGCUUGCAGGCCUAAUCUUCUUCUAUAUUGGCGUAUCGAUGGGCUGGUUAUACACAUUCAUGGGUGUAAUUCUAGGCUCCGGGGUCGUUCCCAUUGCACUUUGUAUCACAUGGAGUAAAGCUAACAAGUGGGGAUGUAUAAUCGCCUCAAUUGCUGGUUUUUUUGCUGGUUUACUGGCGUGGUUGGUAACGACGAGUACGCUCUAUGCAGGCGUCAUCAACGUCACAACUACAGGAGGUGAACAAAAUUUCCCUAUGCUCGCUGGUAAUUUGGCGUCGAUCGGUGUUGGUGGAAUAAUUGCUACGGUUACUUCGUUGAUUUGGCCUGAUGACUUUGAUUUCGACAUUACUAGAGCCAUCAACAAUCCUUCGGCAACCAAUCCCAAUCCUGUUAAGUCGGAGGAAAUGAAACAAGAAGGUAAAACCGAGGCUGAAGAUUUCGAGAGGAAAGAAGAAAUUAGAGAAAGUGAGGAGGCGGCGUCACCGUCUGUCAUUGACUCGACGAUUGCGACGGAGGAGCAAGAAGAACUGGAUCCUGUUAAGCUUAAGUCAGCCUUCAGGUUUGCUGCAUGGUCUUCUCUGGGCUUGCUCCUGGUUCUGAUCAUACUCAUCCCUCUACCACUCUUCUUUGCGCAGACAAUAUACGGCGUAGGAGGAUUGUCGGCUUGGGUCAUUAUAGGAUUGAUAUGGACGUUUAUGUCUGCCUUCUCGGUGGUCCUGUAUCCUCUUUGGGAAAGUCGGGAGGCGUUGCAUCAGAUAGGAGCAGGAAUCAUAAAGGAUAUUUUCGUAAAAGGAAGUGGAAAAUAUGUACCGCCAUUUACUUCACAAGCCUAG